GCGUUACAUUGUGGAAGUCGGUUAUACACAAGAUUACCCGACGACACCGUUGUCAAUUUUUUACUCUUAAUGGAGUAACCAGACUAAUGAACAUUAUAUUGUGAAUAUUAAAAUAAGUUUUUUUCUCGUAAAGUUAUUGUUUUUGUUAAGUUUUAUAACCAAACCCGUUGUUGUGCGGUAACGACUGAUAUUAUAAUAAAAAUCUCCAUUCUCACCACAAUCGGGUGAAACAACAUACACACACUCUCUCAUUAUUCGUGAAUAAAAUUUUUAGUGAAACAACACAAAAAAAAAGAAAAAAAGGAGAAGUCGAAGUAGAAGAGUGAUAAAGCAGAAGAAAAAUAAAAGAGAAAAAGAAGAUAUAUUAAGUAAAAACCAAUUUGCUGUUUUGUAUAACCGAUACCUUGACAGAAAUAAAAGAAAAAGUUUUCGUAUCCAAAGUUCGAGAAAUUCGAUUUCGGUUCGCCAGUGUAUAUGGAACUUUAGCGCCGAGCGGAAGGAUAAAUAUACUUUGUCUUGCGCAGUAGUUUCUCGAAAACUACUUAAAGGAUUUUCAUUGCUUAAAUUUUAUUUAAAUUUAUUUAAGUGAAAAAAAGUUCAGAGUUCAAAUAAUCAUAUAUUUUUUGCUGGAGUUUUUGGAAUAAUGGCGAAACUUUUUGUGGUUUUAGCCAUUUUUGCUGUUGCUGUUUCAACUGCAUCAGCUGCAUCUGAAAGAGUAAAACGGCAAACAACUGAUGAGCCAGCAAAGAAAGAAGAAUCCUUUGAACAGGAACUUUGCAAAGAUAAAGAUGCCGGCGAAUGGUUCCGUUUAGUGGCUGGAGAAGGUGAUAAUUGUCGUGAUGUCAUCCAAUGUACAUCAUCUGGUCUCCAAGCUAUCCGUUGUCCAGCUGGUUUGUUCUUCGAUAUUGAGAAACAAACUUGUGACUGGAAGGAAGCUGUCAAAAACUGCAAAUUGAAGAACAAGGAACGUAAAAUCAAGCCUUUGUUGCACACAGACGAACCUCUGUGUCAAGAUGGUUUCCUAGCCUGUGGUGAUGGUAACUGUAUUGAACGUGGUCUUUUCUGUAACGGCGAGAAGGACUGUACCGAUGGUUCAGAUGAAAACUCAUGUGAUAUCGAUAACGAUCCAAAUCGUGCUCCACCAUGUGACCCAGCUGUAUGUGUGUUGCCUGAUUGUUUCUGUUCCGAAGAUGGUACUUCAAUUCCCGGAGAUCUGCCAGCUAAGGAUGUUCCUAUGAUGAUCACGAUCACUUUCGAUGAUGCUAUCAAUAACAACAACAUCGAACUCUACAAGGAAAUCUUCAAGGGGCGCAAAAACCCCAACGGAUGUGACAUUAAGGCCACAUACUUCGUUUCUCACAAAUAUACUAACUACUCAGCUGUUCAGGAGACUUCUCGCAAGGGACACGAAAUCGCUGUUCACUCUAUUACUCACAACGAUGAGGAACGUUUCUGGUCAAACGCAACUGUUGACGACUGGGCCAAGGAAAUGGCUGGUAUGAGGAUCAUCAUUGAGAAGUACGCCAACAUCACCGACAACUCAGUUGUAGGUGUCCGUGCUCCAUACCUCCGUGUCGGUGGCAACAACCAAUUCACCAUGAUGGAAGAACAAGCUUUCCUCUACGACUCAACCAUCACUGCUCCUUUGUCCAAUCCUCCACUAUGGCCAUACACCAUGUACUUCCGUAUGCCACAUCGUUGUCACGGUAAUCUCCAGAGCUGCCCAACCCGUUCUCACGCCGUCUGGGAAAUGGUCAUGAACGAACUCGACCGUAGGGAAGACCCCACCAAUGAUGAAUCUAUUCCCGGAUGUGCCAUGGUUGACUCUUGCUCAAACAUCCUGACCGGUGAUCAAUUCUACAACUUCUUGAACCACAACUUCGACAGGCAUUACGAUCAGAACCGUGCUCCAUUGGGUCUGUACUUCCAUGCUGCGUGGUUGAAGAACAACCCCGAAUUCUUGGAUGCCUUCCUUUACUGGAUCGAUGAAGUCCUCGCCAACCACAACGAUGUCUACUUCGUCACAAUGACACAAGUCAUCCAGUGGAUGCAGAAUCCCAAGACCAUCAGCGAAGCCAAGAACUUCGAGCCAUGGAGGGAGAAGUGUGUUGUCGAAGGCAGACAAGCUUGCUCUGUGCCCUACUCCUGCAAACUCACCUCAAAGGAGGUGCCCGGUGAGACCAUCAAUCUACAGACGUGCGUCAGAUGUCCCAAUAACUACCCAUGGAUCAACGAUCCAACCGGUGAUGGUUUCUACUAAGUCAAAAGUGUUGAGAGUUAAUUUGUUAUGAGUUUUAUUUUUUUUUAUUUUAUUUUAUAUUAUGUUUUUAUAAAAAAAAAAUCCCAAAUUUUAAUAAAAAAAAUAGAAAAAAGAAAUAUAUUGAGAAAGUGGAUCUAUUUUUUGGUCUCGCACUGUAGUAAUUUCUUAAUAUUGUUUGCCAUUUAUAACUUCUAUCGAGUUUCCAGAGUCUAAAAUGCCUUAAAUCUGAAUCUUUAUAUAUGUACUUUGAACUAUCUACUAAAAUACCCCCCCUUUCCCAAAACCCCCAAAUCCCUCUAUCUCCCUCCCUCCUUGUAUAUAGUUUUAAUGUAAAAUAAAAGACAGUCUAAAAUUAAUUUUCUUUUAAACAACUUGUCAAACUUUUCCAUCAAAUUCAUUGAUGGUUUUCUCUUAUUUCUAGUUUUUAUUUAUAAAAACCCUAAAUUUCUAAUUUCUUUUCUUUAUCUGUCAUCUUUUGUUUUCAACUGUCACUUUUCUGCUUCAAAUCUGUCAAAUUUUUCUUUUUUCAAAUUAGAUUUAAAAUAAUUAUUAUUUUUAUGAUUAUUUUUGAUUUUAUUUUUAUUUCCUGUAUAUCUGUCAAUAUACUCGUACUUAUAUAUUUUUAAAUUUUUUAAAAAAAGACUUUGAAUGACUUCGAAUUUUUAGCAGACAAAGUCACACGCUGUGUUUAAGUUUAAAGACAAAAGAACAUACAAAAAAAUUGAAAAAUGUUACAUACAAAAUGAAAAAAACAAACAAAAACAAUUAAAUAAAGAGAAGAGAUAAUUAUGAUAGUAAAAUGAAUGAAUUAUUAUUAUUAUUAUGCCUAUUUUAAUUACUUUUUUUAAUUAUAAACAAAAACUGAUUAAAUAAAAAAUUUUAAAAAUGAA